AAGAGAAGCAAGCAUUAAACGUAAACAAGAACUGUUCAAACUGUUGGAAUUUUAUAGUAAAAUAUCGAUUCAGAGAUCCAAAGAUACAAAGAGCGGGAAGCUUCACAGAGCGUAGCACGCGCAAUCAGAUAUAAAUACUCGUAUCUUUAGUAUAGAAGCCACAACAAACUGAAGGAGAUGAAUCGAAGUUUGCCCUCGAAUGGCAGCCGCAGCCACAGCCACAGCAUCGGACUUCCGGCUCUGCUGUUUACCCUCCUGCUGUGUCUAGUCGCCCAGGCAGCCAGUCGACCCUCAACGGAGGAUGAGACCGACAUUGCAGUCCUGCCCCCGGACACAGACAAUGUGGAGAUCCAUCAAAUGAGAAUGGUGGAUGGUGUCUUGCAAGCGGAUCACCCUGUGAUCAUGUACAAGGAGGAUUUCGUCAGCGAGGAUUAUGAUCCCAACAAAAACGAGACCACCUUGGUGCACCACAAGAAGCACAGGAAGCACUCGCGGACACAGCACCAACGCCGUGAGCCCCAGCUUGAGAAGGAGGAGGAGAAGAUCUACUUUGAUGUGCUUCCCGACAAGCCCAUUGUGCUGAACGAUGACCUGGCAGCAAUGCCGGUCAAGCACCUAGACGAGGCCUCGCAGCUGGUGAAGCCCACGAAGGAGGAGUGGCUGCGAAAGAUUGGCCCCAAGAAGUACCACAGCCGUAGGCGUCGUGAGGCCUAUGCACCGUGGGGCCCGUCCAACUACUACCAGACGCCGUCGCAAUCGGUCUACUUCCAGCACCCAGCACCGGCACCAUCCUAUUACUAUCUGCCAGCACAGCCAGCUCAAAGAUUGCCCGUGUCGGGUAAGAAGCCGCAGCUGCAGGGCAAACUGCCCAUUUGGCAGAACAAAAACGACGACAAUGUUGCCGUACCAAACGGCAUCGGCAGCAGGGACGACUUUCUGGAGCACAACUCGGACCCAGCGCUGGCCGACUUCUCGAUAUUCAAUCAGCCCAGACCCAGCUCCAGCAGCCCUGCACCCAACUUCGACUCUGGAGCAGGCCGGAGUCCGACUGCAUCGAACAGUCAAGCCUGGGAACCCAGCAGCAACUCCCGUCCAGAGAGCCGACCCGUCUGGUCAUCGACGAGGACGACAGCUCGGCCAUGGGACUCCCGGCCCGCGCCACAAACUGCCGCGCCCAACUCGCCUAGAGCGACGCCCAGGCCCACACCCUCGCCCAAGGUCACCAACUGCGUGUGGGCGAUCGUGAAUUGCUGCUCGAAGAACAGCAAGAAGAUCCGCUACAACUGCUUCGAGGAGUUCGGCUGCAGCGGCGCCUUCUGGGACAUCAAUCCCUGCGCUGAACAGAGCGUCUUCGAUGGUGCGUUAUCCCGAGUGUUGGACAACUAUCCGUAGGCGUCGCCUCGUGUCGUGUCGUGUCGUGGUGGUGCCAAAGCUGCCAAAGUAUAACCCCAAAAUCUCAACAAAACAAAACACUUAAUUUAUUUACUCGCAUAAGUCACAACUUUAUAAUAAUAAUAAAGCAUUUGCUUUACCGUGAA